AUCACGGCUGUCUCCGUUUGCCUAUGUGACCAACAUUUAGCUGCCUGACAACAUUUAUCGACUGGCCACUGCAGUAGGUGAUGCAGUCAGAAAACUGCCGUCCAUUACUGGCGGUAGCAUGCAGAUUCGUGCCUUAUGACCAGUGGUUCAUAACACACUUAGACGAUAACCAGAAGGUCAAGCAGGUCAAGCAUUGGAUACUUUCAAAAUGCAAUAUCAUCCAAACGUCCCAUUUCCCCGCUCAGCGCCCAGUCUCUCCUAUCACCUUUGCUUCCAGCAUCAGGACACGUACCUCAAUCGAUAGUAUGGAAGACGGUUAUAACGAGGAUGACGAAUAUGACGAGGAUUCGGAUGACUUUGACGACCUUUCCUAUCGCCACCCAGAACUCAGGCGUCAGACUAUAUAUUCUCGUCGACCUGGAAAGACAUCGACCGCAUCUGCUUCACACACCAUUCAACCUGGCAGUAGUCCAGUCACAGACCAGUAUACCCUUAUAUCCUUUUCAACUGGAACAAUUCUAGAAGAUGACUAUGCCCUAUCGUGGUAUAAACUUCGGCCUUGCGAACUUUUAGAGAUGCACCGCUCAGGAAAGGUCGUCCAACUACCAAGAGAAAUCAUGUCGGAGUAUGUUCAACCCUACUUCGAGUCUAAAGCCAGGGCCCUCCGUGCAGUAUGGAGUAUAAAGUCAGGCCGAUUCGAAUCCCCCGCAGCCGCCGGUAAUAGGUUGAAGGCAAGAAGCAGAGACAAGAUAUCCACUGUUCAUACUCCCCUGCAACCCGAAAAGAAGAGGAGAAAGGCUAAGGUCGAGUGGAAAGAUCGAUGGAUAGUUAUAAAUCAUGGCACGCUGUCUCUCUGCAAGGAUUCAUCCGGCGGGACCCCUUUGCAUCAUUUCCCACUAACCUCAUUAUGCGCGCUUCGUGGUGCAGAGUCUCUUGCAAAAGCUUGUUCCAUCAUUGCAGAGCAACGCGUCGUUUGCCUCAAGUUUCGAGGCAAGGAGUUCAUGGCAUCCUCCUUCUCAGCCUCUUCACCGUCCAUGUCUCUUCCCUCGUCUCCGAUUGCAGAAGACUGGAAAACAGACGUUCAAAUUGAAGCAACAGACAUUACUCCUUUACCAGACAAACUCACUUCAACCUCAAAAGAACAUACAGACAAAGGAGAUCACCAUAAGAAUUCCCCGUGCUUCGACUAUAAUCCGGAAGACAUCUGCCGCGGGGAAGGCGAAUGGCUCGUCCUCGAUUUGCUCGAUGAUCAUGCUUUCUCGAACAUCCUCCGUAUCCUUCACCGCUACACCUCUCAUCCAAUAUCAUCAUCGUUCCUCCCCACCUCAUCAAUCAUCACGGUCGCAAACUACUGGAACAAUGUCUCUUCUCCCGCUCUCACGCCUUUUGUUUACUCCUCCCCAUACGACUCUCUUCCAUACCCAGAAUGGCGCACGAAAACCGUCGAGACCGCGCGCAAGGCUGGCAUGGGGGACAUCGGAAAACCCCUUGCACUGGUCCUAUGGUCUGAAAAUACCCGCCGAGAAACCUCGUUGCACGAUAUCCGCAAUCCGCGAUUCGCUUUCUCGCAAGGAAUGAGUCAUAAAUCUUCUAUUAGUUCUUUUACGCUAUACUCGGACUCAGAAUCAGGCGAAAUCGAUGGAGAGAGCGAGAUGGAGUGGGAAGGUUGGAUGAGAGAUCUAGAGAGGCAAGGAAGCGUGAAGCAACAUCAUAUUCGGCAUCAGAAAAUCAUCCAUUCUCCUAGUGAUUCCGAGCACCAACCGCCAAGCCCCUCACUCCUAUCCACCCCACCGCUUUCAGAUGCAUCCUCUCAGGGCUCCCCAAGGGGCCACUCACCCCCACACUCACCCCCUACAUACCCCACGAUCAACAACGUCAUCCAAUGCGGGGAUCCUUUUUCCUGCACUUCUCUCGAAUCACGUGUGCCUGGGAGAAUCAAGAAUACGACGAUUAGCACCGUGAGCGUGGGCACCGCCCCGUUCAUGUCUGCGCGGAGACGGUCUUCGACGCUCACUCCAGGCAGCUUAUCCAGGCUAAUGAAAGACAGGGAAAGGGGAGAUGCCAUUCAUCCGUCGACUGCCAACAACUCGCGUACAGGAGCAUCAUCAUCGUCAUCAUCAAGAGGCACCCAUAUCCGACACGCAUAUUCAGGAUCCAACCUCCGUUCAGUCCCGACAGAGAACCUCCGUCGUGCACAAGAUGCAGAAGCCUCUAGUACUGGAAAGAAAAAGGUUGGUAUCGUGAGGGGUAUGUCGAUGCGUGCGGAAAAACUUGUGAGAGGACUGGAUGCUGCCAUAGACUUUGUUGAUAACCAUCCUUAGUUGUUGAUUUGUUUACUCUUUCUCUCGCUUUUUUCACCUAGGUCAUUAUGCGUGGAAUUGGUAUUUAAGUUUACUUUUGGAGUGUAUAUUAGUAUGUAUUCGCCCAUAUGCUAACUGUAACUUAUUAUAUACAAGUAACCCCUAUUUUGCCGAUGCUUGUACAAUGUAG